GUUAGUGCCGCGUUGCAAUAUGCACUUUAUCCGAGCAGUCCCGAGUUUGUGUCCCGUGUUCUCAAAAUGAAGCUUUUCUUGCUGGCCAUAGCUAUUCACGUUAUCUUCCUACUGUCCAUUUUCUACAUACACUUCCAAUCGCCAAUACUCCAGGGACUGCCGGUUGGACGGGAACACGAUCGACCACCGGCUGAUCGGCUGGUGCUGUUUGUUGCGGAUGGCUUGCGAACAGAAUCAUUUCUAAAACACAAUCUGAAUCGCACCCGUUUUCUUCGUGAAGUACUUCUGACGCAGGGAGUAUUUGGCAUAUCCAACACCCGGGUUCCUACUGAAUCCCGCCCCGGUCAUGCUGCUUUGCUGGGAGGUGUACACGAGGACCCCAGUGCUGUGUUCAAGGGAUGGAAGGAAAAUCCCGUCGAAUUCGACUCGGUCCUGAACCGUUCACGUGUCAGUUACUGCUGGGGUAGUCCGGAUAUCAUCGACAUGUUUUCGCGUGGGGCAGUUCCGGGCCGGGUGCACACCGAUACGUACGCAAGUGGAGAUGAAAUCUUUGCUCAAUCGGCCAACACUUCACUGUUGGAUGUUUGGGUUUUCGAUCGCGUUCGUCAAUUUCUAGCCGCCGAAAGCACCAAACGGGAUGUAUUAUCAACCACAAAAGUCAUCAUUUUUCUGCAUCUUCUCGGUUUGGAUACGGCCGGGCACGUACACAAGCCCUAUUCAGAACUUUUUACGGAAAAUCUGCUCACUGUCGAUCAAGGCAUUGCAUCGAUCGUUGAACUGAUAGAACAGAGCACUGGGCACGAUGGACGGACGGCGUAUGUUUUUACAUCCGACCACGGCAUGACCGAUAAGGGAUCGCACGGUUCGGGUAAUCCGUUCGAAACGGAAACACCAUUCCUGGCGUGGGGAGCCGGACUUAGACACUGGAAUCGGACUGGAAUCGAAGCCGUCGAUCUAAGACAGAAUAUUGUGAGUUUUCUGGAGCUGGAUGGAAAUAGUAUACCGGUGCAUCAGAUUAACCAAGCGGACGUGGCACCGCUUAUGUCGGCUAUCCUCGGCAUAGCGGUACCGAAGAAUAAUUUGGGAACGCUGCCUCAUCAUCUGCUGAACGUAUCGGAGGAGUAUGCAGCUUGGGCAAUGAGCAACAAUGCAGACCAGUUGCUGGAACAGUACCUCCACUGGCAACGGGAAGCGGAAAGAAAAACGCUUCAAUCGCUGGCCCCAACGGAACAGAAAAACUUCAAGACGAUGAUUGAAAACUUUGUAGCACAAAUCGAAAGCUCAACAGAGGCGAACGAGUUUGUUAAAGUGCAAAAGCUGUGCCAUAUGCUGAUGCACCUGAGCCUGGAAGCGAUCCGAUACUUUCAACGAUACCAUCAACCGGAGCUGUUCGUUGCCCUUACCCUGACAAUGCUGGGUUGGUUGUUGUUGCUGGCGAAGGAAACCUUUACCACUCCAAGCCUGGCCACACACACCAGUAGCGUUGGUUACAGCCAACUUGUCGCUCUAAUGGCAGUAUUAGUGGCCGCUUGUGUUGUAGUUUUAAACAUUGCCCAAAGAACACCGCCCGUAACGUUAUUAUACUUCCUAGUUCCCAUCGCACUGUGGGGUUACAUAGCAGCUCACUGGAGGGAAUACACACACCUGGUAAGGCUGAAGACUGUGAUCUAUUGUUUAGGAUUUGUAAUUGUCGUAGAAACCCUGGUUUUAGCAUUCAUGGAUCGACGGUUGUUGGCUCCCCUUCUUUGGCUCCAUUGUGUCCUCGUUGGGGCGUGUCUGUAUAGAGUGAAACAGAGCGGCACACAGUUUCCAUGGCCCAUCUUUUGGCGAUGGUUUAUCUGCAACACGCUUCUGGCAGGAUUUCCCUUAAUACCCAACGUGGAUCGUGACAAUUCGAACGUUUACUUGCUCAUUCUAUCGAUCAUUGCCUGGACCGUUACCAACAUCGUAAUAUUGAAAAGGGGAACACUUUCUUCCUUCCUCACUGUGGCUAACAUCUUGCUGCAACUGUUACAAGCGUUCAAUCUACUGUACAUCAUCAGUGCGAUCGAGUCUUCGCAAUCCGUUCCGCAAUGGAGUAGGACUUCUUGUUGGGUGUUUUCGGGUACGUUUCGAGCAACUGCAGGAGAUUCACAUCGAACAAUGGUUGAACCGAUAUGUUCUUUCGACAGCACUGGGACUAGUGACACCGCUGCUAGGGAGCACCAUGAUUGCGGAUCGUAUGCUGGCGUUAUUUAGUGGUCUUAGCGUGCCCUACACGAUGCUCUCGCUAUCGUACGAACCACUGUUUCUGCUGUGCUUCUGCUUGACUCUCUACAGCUGGUUUGAGGUGGAGAGUUUUUUGGUGCACGGAAAA